UUCCUUUCUUUACACUCCAAUCCAGAGGUAGAAGAGGAGAGAGAAAGGUAUGAGAGAGAGAAUCUCUCAGGUCUGAUUGUCCAAAAGACUGAACUCACACAGGAAAAAAGCAAGAGAGGAAUGGAAAAGGCACAUAGAAGCCCCAAAUUUAUGGCUUUUCGCCCCCAAAAACCAAUGCAAAGUGAUGAUGUUUAAUGCCUUCUCCUGUCCACCCACCCACCAAACCGGCGGAAGAAAACCAAGAAAAACAAGUAUAGCAGAGUAAUACAAGUGGAGGCAGAGAAUAAGAAGACCAGAAGUUGACAAACUUUUCCUGUUCUUCGAGAAGCUCUUUUUUUCUCAUUCAGUUCUCUUCUUUUCUGCUAGAGAGAGGGGGGAAGCUGAGAGGGAAGAGAAAGAAGGAACGAAUGAGAUAUUUCCCCCUUAUCAUCCUCUCUCUGCCAAUCUAGUCCCUGGUCUGCAUCUAGGUCUCCUCCCUUCCUUGCGUGGCUUGGUGAGGAAGGAUUAUACCUUUGUCCAUGUGGAUGGAGAUAAAGUAGUAUUGUUUAGAGCUGUUGCUGUUUGUUUGGUUGGUCUUGUCUCCUUGUUUGAGGAAGUGGGGAAAGGUGGAAUCUUUGGUUGGAUCAUGGUGGUUCCAAGGCGGCCGGUGGGCUUCUCCUUGUGACAUGUCUCCUCUUGGUGACGCAACGCAACCUGGACUUUUCUUCUGCUGAUGAUAAAGAUGAACUGAAACAGUUGGCACUCAUAACUCGGUUUCUUGGGAGCAAUAUAGAGGCUCGGUUUGCAGAAUCUACCACCCACCGUUGUUUUACAACCGAGCACUUCGUCUCUUCCAGGUGCAUUUUCCUCUGCUGCAAAAGGAAUAGCUGAAGAAACCGGCUGAACAAUCCAGUUGUUCUUGGAACUACAUAGACUUGAUCUGCAGAUUCUUCCAUCCAGCACUGCUUCACAUCCUUUGAAUGGGAACAAAAGUUGAGGGCAAGACCUAUAUUCCAGGAUACUUUGACACGGCAAACUCUAGUGUGAACUCUAACGGCAAUGUGUUGCCGUACCACGAGGAGAACAAACCAAGUGUGCAUCUUAGUGACAAGUUCACAAUGAUAUCUGCCAAUGGAUCUGUACAUUAUGACAAGGAAAUGCUAAAGCGGACAAUGCUUGUACAUGAAGCAACAUUUCGGAAACAGGUGUAUGAACUUCACCGUCUGUACAAAAUUCAGAAGGACUUAAUGGCACAUUUCCAAAGAGAAGAGUUCAAUGGUUAUCCUAGAUAUGCAGAUACAAUACAGCCAAGGUCCUAUGCAUCACAGGCACCACCUGGGGAUGUUAAAGGAGUGUGGCAAACCAGAAAUCCUAUGUUUGGACAUGAUCUUAAGCAAUCAUCCAUACAAUUCAUGAACGAAAGUAGUUCACAAUAUAGUGUGAGUGGAGCUUCUUUGAGGCAUAACAAUAUUACGUCUAGAAAGAAAAUGUUGGACCUUCAGCUUCCGGCAGAUGUAUAUGCUGAUGACGAUGACGAUGUGGAGAUACUGGGUGAGAAGCCUUUGAAAAGUUUGCCAGGGGCUAAUGGUUCUGUUCUUGGUGGUGUCAAGCCUAACGUUGGAAAUAGUGAGGGCUCUUCACAUGUGAAGAAAAGUUGGAGCAUUGAUAUACAGCCACAUCACAACUCAGCUGUGCAUAUAUUGAACAAACCAGUCGAAGAAUCAUCUGAUACGAAAAUAAUGGAUUUUCUUGGUUUCGGAAUCUCUGCUUCUCAGAACAAGCAUUAUAUGUCACGGGGAGUGAACUUGAACCUCCUAAGCUUCGAAGGCAACUUAAAAGAAAAGUAUGUUGGUAAAGUAUCUGGUUCAAGGUCCUUUGGUUCAAAUGAGGAAAUAAGGCAUAACAAUUCAUUCAGACAGAGAAAGGAUGACCCAAACGCCAGCAUGGCAUGGUUAAAAUACAAACAAAAUUGUUCUGAUUCCUCAAAGGGGCAUUACUUGUCCAGUACUAGCACCUUCAAUCAUUUAAUCCUUGCACCUCCUGGCUUCAAUCAUGCACUGAAUUCUCCGUGGCAAAGCAACAAUAUAAAUUACUUGACUGAGAGACGUUAUGAUACUGCUGAAACGUCCAUUGCUAAGAAUGCUCUCUCCAAUGGUAUGUUGAUGGACUCUACUCCAAAUACACCAUAUCAUCAUUCACUGAAGAUUCGUGGAGAGCCACAAUAUCAAAACGUUCCCCCACUCCAUGAUUACCUGAAGGAUAUAAAUCUGAAUGAUGUGCCAGCAGAUAACACUGCAACUUGGGAACAGGGAUGUGAGAAUUCUGUGGCUGAUUUCUCUUGCCUCAGAAAGAAAUGGGUAAACCUGAUGAAGUCACAAGUCCCAUCAAGUUGUGCAAAUGGCCAUUCCCAGACUUUUGUCAGCUCUACAUCAUAUUCAGAAGAUAGAACUCCCACAAGAAUCCCCGGUGUCCCCAUCAGUGUUGAUGCUGAAAAAGAUUCUCGGUGCUCACCCACUCUACAUUGUGACAUAAACGUUGCACCAUCGAUUAAGUGUGAAGCUGACAUGGAAGUGCAACCCCAAAGCAAGAAUGCUGACACAAGUAUUAGGAAUCUCAUUGACCUGAAUGAAGCAUUGCCGAUCAUGGAUGAUCCAGAGAUGGAUGUUCGUGAAUCAGAAGGUGACAUUGUUCCUCAUGAAACAGAGACGGAUAUUUGUGAAUCAGAAGAUGACAUUGCUCCUCAUGAACCCGAUAAUCCUUCAAGGGAUUCUCUUGUCAUAACUGCAGCAGAGAGUCUGGUGGCAAUGUGUAACGAUGUCGUUCAGCCAGGAUCUCCUCAACUUGACACUCUGCAUUGGUUCGCUGACCUAGCUUCAUCGAAGGAGAACACAAUGCUCGACAAUGACAGCGAUGAUGACUUUGAGGCUUUGACACUGAAGCUGCAAGAAACCAAAAGUUACGAGUACCAUCCAAUACCAAGAACCCAGGAGGGUAACAGCAACGAUGGACGGUGCUCUGCAGCUUCACUGCUUAUCACAAGGCCUCGGAGAGGCAAGGCACGAGGACGCCCUCAGAAGAAAGACUUUCAGAAGGACGUUCUGCCUGGUCUCGCAUUGUUGCCAAAGCACGAGGUGUCAGAGGAUCUUUGUACCCUUGGAAGGUCAAAGCUAGUCACCCCGACAAAGCGAGGAGGCCGGAAUGGGCAGCAACCGAGGGGGAGGCGCCGAGCGAGAAGCGUGGCUGUCACCGUGGAGGAAGCUGAGGUCAGCCCGCCACCAGUGCCACCACCGCUUGUUCCUGCUGAUUUGGAUGCUGAUGCGCAGGGGAUAACCAAGUGGGGAAGGACAACCAGGCGUUGUCGAAGGCCAAGAUGCCCACCAGCAAGCAAUGCCUCAUUGCCUAUAGCUUGAGAAAAGUUUUUAGGUGUCUUAGUUGAUGAGAAUUGAUCAGAAACUGUGUUUUUUUUUUUUUUUGUGUGACGGAGUUGGAGAUAAAUUCAGGAACUCUUAGGUUCAAAGUAAUCAAUCAAAAUUGUACAUGCUUCUCAGCACUAAUUUGGGCUCCAGAAACCUGCUUUGGAUCGUAACAUUGUACACCGCUUUAAAAUGAACUCUAAUUCUAGAAAGAAAAGCACCUGAGAGUGUUUGCCUUUCUAUCAUUAUAUGUUGGAAUUUCAGUUUCAGUAA